CUUAUCUGACAGUCUCUCUGUAUCUCUCCCCCGCUCUUUCUCUCUCCGCCGAGUCAUGGCCAAUACACCGUCAAUCCAGGUUAAAAAUCUGUCAUAUAAAUUUCAAGACGGUUCUUCCGGCCUGGCAGAUGUAAGCCUCGACCUACCUGCCGGAAGUCGAACUUUACUAAUCGGGGCCAAUGGAGCGGGAAAAACCACCCUUCUACGGUUGCUCGCGGGCAAGCGUCUCGCUCCCGAUGACACGAUCACCGUCGGGGGCAAGGACCCCUUCAAAGAAGGUCUGGAGGGGGUGACUUAUCUAGGCGUCGAAUGGGUUCUUAACAAUAUUGUCCGGACUGACAUCGACGUUCCUACACUGCUGGCUUCUGUGGGCGGGAACGCCUAUCCUGAGCGGAGGGAUGAGCUUGUGGAUAUUCUCGAUAUUGACUUGCGGUGGCGCAUGCAUGCAGUGUCUGAUGGAGAGCGCCGCCGCGUCCAGUUAGCCAUGGGUUUGCUCCGACCCUGGCAAGUCCUACUUCUCGAUGAAAUCACCGUUGACCUGGACCUGCUAUCCCGUCAUAAUUUUCUCUCUUUUCUCAAGCGCGAGACUGAAACUAGAUCCUGCACCAUAGUGUACGCGACGCAUAUUUUGGACAAUUUGUCUCAAUGGCCAACGCAUUUGGUGCACAUGAAUCUUGGUAAUGUCAGGCAGUGGGGCCCAAUUGCAAAGUUCCAGAAAGAAGUGCCAGAAACGUCUGAAAAUAGCCAACUUGGAGAGCUCGUUCUAAAGUGGCUCAAGGAAGAUCUCAAGGCCAGAGGUCCUAGAAAUGGGCGGCAUGGCCAAGCCAAGACCUACGAGUCGUUUGAUGGAAUGGGGGGUUAUGGGUAUGAAAAACGGAAUUGAAUCCAUCCCUCUAACCCUGUCAGCUUCUCUUCCAAGUUUUAAACCUCUCUCCCGUAUUCGUCUUUUUUUCGCCGGUUUUCUUUAUUUGCUUUCUUUUCUUUUCUUUUCUUUUUAGCUUCUUUCUCCUUUCUUUGAUCAUUUAUUUAUUGAUAUUUCCGCCUCAUUCA